GUUGAGUUUCAAACCGAGUCACUGGUUUCUCCUAGUUAAGAUAAAGAGCUUUGCGUGGUUAACGAUGAAGAUGGCAUAGCCUGCGUUUACAUUCCGUAACUUGAAGGUAUGACAGUUACAGAAGCCACGAGGACUCGUGGCACCUGGAAAUGUGUGCCCACAAAAAGGAAAUCUCUCCUUCUUUAAAAGUAGGAAGGAAUCUUUUCACACCAAAAUGGGUAUGUUCUGCUCAGUUAUCAAGUUUGAAAAUCUCCAAGAAUUAAAGAGACUGUGUCACUGGGGGCCCCUCAUAGCCCUUGGUGUUAUAGCGAUAUGUUCUACAGUGGCCAUGAUCGACUCUGUGUUGUGGUAUUGGCCCUUACAUACAACUGGAGGAAGCGUGAAUUUCAUCAUGUUGAUAAAUUGGACAAUCAUGAUUCUUUAUAAUUACUUCAAUGCCAUGUUUGUAGGACCUGGCUUUGUCCCUCUAGGAUGGAAACCGGAAAAUUCUCAGGAUAGCAUGUAUCUGCAGUAUUGUAAAGUCUGCCAAGCGUACAAGGCGCCCCGCUCGCAUCACUGCAGAAAGUGCAAUAGAUGUGUGAUGAAGAUGGACCAUCACUGUCCUUGGAUCAACAACUGUUGUGGCUACAGAAAUCAUGCUUCAUUCACGCUGUUUCUCCUGUUAGCCCCACUGGGCUGUAUUCAUGCUGCUUGUAUUUUCACUAUGACCAUGUACACACAGCUGUACAAUCGGCUGUCCUUUGGGUGGAACACGGUCAAGAUCGACAUGAGCGCAGCCCGGAGGGACCCACUUCCAAUUGUUCCUUUUGGAUUAGCUGCCUUUGCCGCCACCUUGUUUGCCUUGGGAUUAGCUAUCGGAACAACCAUAGCUGUUGGAAUGCUGUUUUUUAUCCAGAUGAAAAUAAUUCUCAGAAACAAAACUUCUAUUGAAUCAUGGAUUGAAGAGAAGGCUAAAGAUCGAAUUCAGUAUUAUCAGCUGGAUGAAGUGUUUCUUUUUCCUUAUGAUUUGGGAAGUAGAUGGAAGAACUUUAAACAGGUAUUUACGUGGUCAGGAGUCCCUGAAGGAGAUGGACUGGAGUGGCCAAUAAGAGCAGGCUGUCACCAGUACAGCUUAACAAUAGAACAGCUGAAACAAAAAGCAGAUAAGAGAGUCAGAAGUGUUCGCUACAAAGUCAUAGAAGAUUACAGUGGAGCCUGCUGUCCUGUGAAUAAAGGAAUCAAAACCUUCUUUACAAGCCCUUGUACGGAAGAACCUCGCAUAAGGCUACAGAAAGGGGAGCUCAUUUUAGCCACACGAGGCUUACGAUACUGGUUGUAUGGAGACAAAAUUCUUGACGAUUCGUUUAUAGAAGGUGUUUCAAGAAUAAGGGGAUGGUUCCCUCGGAAGUGCGUGGAGAAGUUUCCCUGUGAUGCCGAAACCCAUCAAGCUCCAGAGGGCGAGAAGAAAAACAGAUAGUCCCAUUGAAAGUAAAGUCAUCUCCAAGCCCCCUCCAUUACUUGAAAAUUGUACAUAUUACUAAAGAAUUAUGCAAUGAACCCAUUCUGGUUAAAGUGUUCUUUUCUUCCAAGGUGCCCUAGUGCCAUGAUUUAAACAUUUGUAUGACCAUUUUGAAAUGGAGAAGCCAUUCUCGCUCUACCUUUGAAUUCCUCCCCUCUUUGUCACCUUUCCCUCCUGUGCAAGGGGAAGCUCUCGGCGCAGUAAGUUCACUCACUGCGCUUUCUCUCGAGUUCUCUUGUACGCUGCGCACUGUGGGCCUCACCUGCAGACACAGUGCCCCUUGCCAGGAGUGUCUACAUAGGAUGCUUUUACUCUUCCCUCCCCCUCAGCUGAUGACUUCUGAUUCCAGACUAGAGAAUUUAAGUUGUCAGAUUCAAUAGAAGUGCAAAUUUUGUUACCUGUCUUUUAAUAAUGCAGAUUUUGUCAAAUCAAAUAAAGAUCAAUGGAUGUUCUGUAUAAA